UUGGGUUAUUUAAAUAUGUUUGUUGCUCUCUUUUUCAAGCUCCCAAUCGAAGACUUGUGCAGUUUAACCUCCCAGUCACUGCCUGUUGAACCAGCUUCUGUAGUGCCUGAAUCUGCUGAAGACAUUCUGUGGAAGGGCUUCAGUUCCUUAGGAAUGGAAGAAGAAAGAAUCGAAACCGCACAGCAGUUUUUUUCGUGGUUUGCAAAGCUGCAAACACAGAUGGAUCAGGAUGAAGGAACUAAAUACAGACAGAUGAGGGAUUACUUGUCUGGGUUUCAGGAGCAGUGUGAUGCUAUUUUGAAUGAUGUAAACAGUGCUCUUCAGCAUCUGGAGUCAUUGCAGAAACAGUAUCUUUUUGUGUCCAAUAAGACAGGAACCCUACAUGAAGCCUGUGAACAGCUCCUAAAAGAACAGUCGGAACUUGUUGAUCUGGCUGAAAACAUUCAACAAAAGCUUUCCUAUUUCAAUGAAUUGGAAACUAUCAACACAAAAUUGAAUUCCCCUACGUUGUCUGUGAAUAGUGAAGGAUUUAUACCUAUGCUGGCCAAGUUAGAUGAUUGUAUAACAUAUAUCUCAUCUCACCCCAAUUUUAAAGAUUAUCCUAUAUAUUUACUGAAGUUUAAACAGUGUCUCUCUAAAGCAUUACACCUCAUGAAGACAUAUACUGUGAACACACUACAGACCCUCACAAGUCAGUUACUAAAAAGGGAUCCUUCUUCUGUACCUAAUGCAGACAAUGCCUUUACCUUAUUUUAUGUGAAAUUCCGAGCUGCUGCUCCCAAAGUCAGAACUCUUAUUGAACAAAUAGAACAGCGAUCUGAAAAAAUUCCUGAAUACCAGCAACUACUAAACGAUAUCCACCAGUGCUACCUUGAUCAGCGGGAGCUCCUUUUGGGCCCUAGUAUUGCUUGUACUGUCACAGAGUUAACCAGCCAAAAUAACAGGGAUCACUGUGCCUUGGUUCGCAGUGGCUGCGCCUUUAUGGUCCACGUAUGCCAGGAUGAGCACCAACUUUACAAUGAAUUUUUCUCAAAGCCGACAUCAAAAUUAGAUGAACUUUUGGAGAAACUGUGUGUGUCAUUGUAUGAUGUCUUCAGGCCAUUGAUCAUUCAUGUCAUUCAUCUAGAGACUCUGUCAGAACUUUGCGGUAUUCUUAAAAAUGAGGUGCUUGAAGACCAUGUACAAAACAAUGCUGAACAACUAGGGGCAUUUGCAGCUGGAGUCAAGCAGAUGUUGGAAGAUGUCCAAGAGCGACUUGUCUACCGAACCCAUAUCUACAUUCAGACAGACAUCACAGGCUACAAACCAGCCCCUGGAGAUCUGGCAUAUCCUGAUAAGUUAGUCAUGAUGGAGCAAAUUGCACAGAGUUUAAAAGAUGAACAGAAGAAGGUACCUUCAGAAACUUCAUUUUCAGAUGUUCGGUUGGAAGAAGCAGAGUCUAACAGUCUUAAAAAAUCUGGUUCAACAGAAUCCCUCAAUCCGAGACCACAGACCACGAUCUCCCCUGCGGAUCUCCAUGGAAUGUGGUACCCUACAGUUCGAAGAACGCUUGUGUGCCUCUCCAAAUUAUACAGAUGCAUAGAUAGGGCAGUGUUCCAAGGAUUGUCACAGGAAGCUUUGUCCGCCUGUAUCCAGUCCUUACUGGGAGCAUCGGAGUCUAUCAGCAAAAACAAGACUCAGAUUGAUGGACAACUUUUCUUAAUUAAGCACCUUUUGAUUCUUCGUGAACAAAUUGCUCCAUUUCAUACUGAAUUCACCAUUAAGGAAAUUUCCCUGGACCUCAAGAAAACUAGAGAUGCAGCAUUUAAAAUCCUGAACCCUAUGACUGUUCCAAGAUUUUUUAGGCUGAAUAGCAACAAUGCCUUGAUAGAGUUCUUGCUGGAGGGUACUCCCGAGAUACGAGAACAUUACCUUGACUCUAAAAAAGACGUAGACCGUCACCUGAAGUCAGCCUGUGAGCAGUUUAUUCAGCAGCAGACCAAGCUGUUCACAGAGCAGCUGGAAGAAUUCUUGACAAAGGUUUCAGCAUUAAAAACAAUGGCCAGUCAGGGAGGCCCCAAGUAUACUCUGUCACAGCAGCCUUGGGCACAACCAGCAAAGGUCAGUGACCUGGUGACAACUGCCUAUAAGACAAUAAAAGCAAAGCUGCCUGUGACAUUGAGAAGUAUGUCAUUGUACCUAUCCAAUAAAGAUACCGAGUUCAUCUUGUUUAAACCCGUCAGGAAUAAUAUUCAGCAGGUCUUCCAGAAGUUCCAUGCUCUGUUAAAGGAAGAGUUCAGCCCUGAAGACAUCCAGAUCAUUGCUUGUCCGUCUAUGGAACAGCUGAACCUCCUGCUCUCCGUUUCUAAAUAAGCUUGCCACUCUGAUUGUGCAUGCAAACGGUGGGGCUGAGAAGUCUUGUAGCCUGAGGACACCAAGGAGGACUAGGACACUGCUCAGUGCUGACUGCAGAACGCUGUAUAAGCAGAGUGUUAAAAGAUGGGUGUUUCCCUUUCAAAAACAUCAAAAUGCCAAAGAUUAAUCAGUGAGUGGUGAUAACUGCCUUGUUUAAAUGUCCUAAAUGUAAGUUUUUAGGAGGUUAACUGUGGCCAGCCUGCAGUGAGAUGCUUCUCUGGAAAACAUGUGCAAUGAAAAUAGGUUACAGUAAGUAGUGCAGAAGAACUUUAUGGAAAUCUAGCCAACUAGAAAGCUUCUAAGGGUAAGAUUUGCUAAUAUGCGCAACACUGCAAUACUUUUAACCACCCAGCAUUCCACGGUGACUGUUUUUUUUUUUUUUUUACUUCCAGAGAUGUUAUUUCUACACUCUAUUUAAUGUAAUGUUUCUCCUAUCAUUUUGAAGUUUAGUUUGGACUACUCCAAACACAUUCUACUUUCCUGGGAAUUCAGGGUGUUAUCUCUGUGUUUGAUGUGAAAGUAGUUUAAAGAUGCAGGGAGCUCAUGUGAGGUCCCAGUAUCUGUGCUUGCAUUGCUCAGGUGAAGAAUGUUCAAAAGCGGGGAGCUGCAGCCCCUCCUGAUAGAAAUGCACGCGCUCUUUAAUGAGGAUCUUCAUGGGAGAAUAGUCAGUGUUUGCGAGUGGGAAGUACCAAUGAAGGUGAUUUAAAUAUGGCGCAUAAAGGAGAGAAGGAAACCUGAUGAAUAGUGUAUCUCGUGAGCAAAGGUUAGGGUUACCAGCCUCCGUAUACUGCCUUUGGCCUUGCGGUUCUUUGAAAAGCGAACACUUUGCCGUCCCCUGUCUGUUCUGUGCUGUGAACCAGCCGUGUGAACUCCAGCCCUGUAACAGCAGAAUACAUUUAUCACCAACAUGGGGAUGCGAACACUGCCCACACCUCAAACUACCACACUGUGUCAGGGCUCAUAAACUCAAUGAUGCACAUCUAUGCAUUGUCCUGCAAAUUCUUAUUUCCUGAUUGAUUGGUUUUUACCUCUAGUGUUAUAGUAUGUG